UUUAAAUACAUACUUUAAUUCUUCAUAGCAAUGCUAAUCCAAAUCCAGAGUCUAAUUGAAAUUCUUCUCUGGACAGUAAAGACAAUUACUCUAACAAUAGCAGAAUAAACCCUAAUUAAUUCCCCUAAUUUUAGAAGACAUUAGUAGAAAUGAGUGAGUAGACAUAAAAUACUUUUGCCCAUAUAGUGUUAAAAUGAACCACCAAACAUUUGGGGUUUUAAAUAAAGAGUUGUGUGCUGCUGCCCUCUAGUGGUCGGAUCACCAUUUUUUGUAUUUUAAGUUUUUCUUUAUUUAGAACUUAUAAUUGUAUAAUAUAUAAAUAAACUUCAUGUACAUACACACACAAAAUAAGAGAUCACUUAAAAAUUAUGAUUUUAUAUACAUAUAUAAAAUAUAUAAAAUAAUAUAUAUAUAUUUUUUUAUCAAAUUAAAAACCUCUGGAAUAUAAUCAAGAGGAAGAUGGAUGACCAAAGCCGUCGAACCAAGCUGAAGAAUUCUUGCACCAGAAGAGUUUUAUCUGUGUUUCUGUGUCUUUUUCUAGUUAUUAUGAUGAAAGUGUGAACGUGCUGUGUGUGUGUAAAUGCUGCAAUAAAGAGUGCAGUAACUCUCUACAUUCCAACUAUCAACGGUCUGUUGAAGAUUGUAAAAAUCAGGAGUAGGAUUGAAAAAUAGUUAUUAGGCAACCCGUAGGCCUCAAAGCAAUAUCUGGCAACCCAGACAAUGCUGUAAGGAAGCAAAGUGCAAAGUGAAAGUAAAUCAGGCUGCUGAAUAAGGGUGAAGGUUAGAGUGUGUGUAAUGUGUGUGAAAGCUAUAAAUGGGAUAUAUUGUAGUAAUAAGACUGGAAGCUGUAGAAUGUGAAGAUCUGGAGCUGCAUAAGGAUUAGUGAAGGCCUUUGAUCAGUGUAAAUCUGCAGAAGGAGAUCAGGAUGGCUUCUGCCAGCAACACUGAUUUUAAGUUGUACCGGCCGUCUGGUGGAGAUGUUCAGUCCGGCUCGGUGGUCAUCCUCCCCUGUUACCUGCAUCCUGAGCGCAGCGCGGUGGAGAUGACUGUCAGGUGGUUCAGGGGGACGGAGUGUAUCUGCCUGUAUAAAGAUGGGAGGAUGACUGUGGGGCGGGGCUACGAGGGGCGGAUCAGUCUGUUUUCUCAGGAGCUGGAGAAAGGAAAUGUCUCACUGAUAAUCAGAGACUACAGCUGGACAGGUGAUGAUUACCUGUGUCAGGUGUCCAACAAAGAAACUACAGCAGAGUUUACUGUGGGACUGGAUGAUCCCACAGAGGGUUUGGGUGCUUACAUUUUGCAAGACAGGGACAGGAAAUGGACAGAAGAUGAAAGAAAAAAGAUGGAGGAAUCUGCUUUGAUCAUUGAAUUAUCAGCAGAUGCCACACAGUCACUUGAGAUGAAGAACAAGAAGCUGGAAAAGGAGAAGACACUAAUUAUGGAGGAAAAGAGCAGACUACAGCAAGAGCUCGGAGAGACUCAGCAGCAGCUUCAGGAGAAAGAUACUGCAGUGAAGAACAUGGAGACAGAGCUGGAACACAGUAAAAAGCAGCUGGAGAGAAUUGAAGAGGAACUGAAGAAAAAGAACAGGAAACUACAGGAGAUGGAGUGUAUGUUGCCUCCGGCUGUACCUCAGUCAGGAUCAGUGGAGCUGGAUCCUCAAGAUGUAAUUCCAGCAAGACCACGCAGGAGACACAGUAAAGAAGGGAUUCCUCCAAGAAUGAGAGAAGCCCUGUUGGAGCUCCGGCUGGUUCUGUUGGGUCGGACCGAGCACGGUGAAGACAUGAAGAGCUCCAUAGGAGCCGCCAUCUUUGGCGAAAAGAGGAGGAGCCAGGCUAGAGAGCCUAUAGUGAGGGAGCAGAGUGAUGUGAGGCGGGGAGUGGUGUCUGGGAGGCAGGUAACCGUGGUGGACACUCUUGAUUGGUUCUCUCCUGUACUGUCUCAGGAGGCGCUGAGGAACGACGUAGGAGUCUGCAUCAAUCUGUCCUCACCAGGACCUCACGCCUUCCUGCUGGUCGUACCGGUGAGGCAGGUGGAGGAGGAGUCUACUGGAGAGGAGGUGGGGAUGCUGGAGAGGAUGGGGGAGAUAUUCGGGGAGAGGUGCUGGAGGAACACUAUGGUUGUCGUGGUGACGGAGGAAGAUCAGGUGGAGGAUGUUGACGAGUUUGUUCGGUCAGGAAACGAGGAGGUGCGGAGACUUGUGGAGAAAUGUGAGGAAAGGUAUCACUGUCUCCACUUGGGCGACGGAGGUGUGGACGAGUCGGAGAUCUGUGAGCUUCUAAAGAAGGUGGAGGAGAUGGUGGGUGGACACAGAGACAAGUUCUACAGCAGCGAGGUCUAUCUGGAGGCGGAGGCUCACAUCCGAGAGAUCGAGGAAAGAGUGGUAAGAGAGCGAGAGGAGAUACGAGAGAAGCAGGAGAGAGAAGCCGAGGAGAAACGGCAGAGGAACGUCCGCAAGUCCGAAGUCCAGUUCCGAGAGUCUACGGCUCAGUUUCGGGAACAGAUAAAUCAGCACGAAGUCCGAAUUACGACUCUGGAAACGAAGGUGAAGGAGGAGCGGGAUGAAAAACGGAAGUUAGAGCUGGAGAACCAUUUGGAGCGAGAGGUUCAGCAGAGAAACAAGCUUCAGGGGGAGCUUCAGAGACUGAAAGAACAGACUGAGAGGGACCGGAGGGCGAUGGAGGAGAGACACCAACAGGAGAUGGAGGAGAUUAGGGAGGUGUAUGAAGGAGAAGCCCAGAUGAAGGCGGAGCGAGUCCUCAGAAAGAAUAUCCUGCCUGAACUCAAGCUGAGGACACUGGAACUCGUGGCAGAGAAGCAGAAAGAUCUGGACAUUCGAUUGAAGGAGAAGGACAGGGAGAUGGAGCGACUGAGAAUAAGACUCCAGGAGAUGACACCAGCUCAAAGAGAUGAGCCUCAGAUUGACACUCAACAGCCAGGACUAUUUAGCUGUUUUUGGAAAAUACUCAGUGAUCCAGUACUAAACACUCAAUCAGAUCAGUAAUCAGAUUUAAUCAAUAAGUCAGUUUACAUUUACUGCGCUUCAUAUGGAGUCAAACACACCUGUAGGAGCAUACUAGUCCUGUAGGGGGCGAUAGGUCCUCAUUAAGUGAGACACACCGUAAAGAAUGAAAAAAAAAGGUCAAAUCCCAAAUUACUCCCUAAGUAGUGAAAGACUCAAAUACAGUUCUCUUACAAGCUUAUGCUAAUGUUUCUUUUCUAUGUGUGAAUGGAAAUAAUUUAAAGAACGGAGGAAGAAAUCAGUUUUAUGAAAUCUGAUAGUCUGUAUGUAGAAGCUGAAGUAUUAUGACUUAUUUAGGUCAAUAUAAAGGGAGUAAGAUCUUAGUAGUUUUUUUUUUGGUGAAGAUGUUUUAUAAAGUUUAGACAUGUGUAUUUAAAAUAUAUCAUUUUUAAUAUGUGAAAUAUUUGUACAUUUUAUAAUGUACAGUUCCAGUCAUUAUUUUAAAAUGUUUUACCUUGUAGAUUAAUACUAAACUCAUGCAAACUAUGAAAGAAAACAUUCAGUUGUUCAGUCAAAUUAUUCAGGAAACAAUAAAACUGUAAAACAAACCAGAAUAUAUUUUCUAUUUUACAUUCUUCAAAGAAGCACCUCUUCCUUAGAUGACAGUUUUGCACAUCUCUGCUGCAUUUUCUUAGUCAGCUUUAUGAGGUAGAGUCAACUGGAAUUCAGGCUUUCAGUUAACAGCUGUGCUGAACUCCUCAAGAGUUAAUUACUUGAAUUUCUUGCCUCUUAAAGUGUUUGAGAGCAUCAGUUGUAAAGUAGUGUAGAGGUAGAGUUACAGGUAUACAGUGAAUAGCUCAAUUAGAGUAAUGUUCUAAUCCAUAUUAUGAGAAGCAAUAACUAUUCAACUAAGUAAAGAAAAAAAUGACUUUAAGCAAAAAUGAAGGUCAGGAACUGGCACUCAUCCGCCCCAGGAAAGGAGGAGCAAGAGUUCCCUCUGUUUUAAAGGAUAAGUUCAUCAGAAUUAUCAGCCUAUCUGCAAGUUAACAGCUCACAGAUAAGAGAAUGUAAAUGCUUCACAGAGUAAUUUGGUUUGUUUAACACUUUUAACUUACUACAUGAUUGCUUAUGUGUUCCUUCAUAAUAUGGAUCACUUCAGUAUUAAGGUGUGUCCAAACCUUUGCCUGGUACUGUAUAAUGAUAUAUAGAGCACCUAUAUAUAUAUAUAUAUAUAUAUAUAUAUGAGAGCACCUCAGUUUCUGAGUCUAUGGACAACAUUUCUCACGAAUUCCAAAUAAACAUAUUGUCAUUUAGAAAAUUUAUUUGCAGAAAAUAACAAAAAGAUGCAGAGCUUUCAGACCUCAAAUAAUUCAAAGAAAACAAGUUCAUAUUCAUAAAGAUUUAAGAGUUCAGAAAUCAAUAUUUGGUGGAAUAAUCCUGGUUUUUAAUCACAGUUUUCAUGCAUUUUGGCAUGUUCUCUUCCACCAGUCUUACACACUGCUUUUGGAUACAUUUAUGCCACUCCUGGUGCAAAAUUUCAAGCAGUUCUGCUUGGUUUGAUGGCUUGUGAUCAUCCAUCUUCUACUUUAUUAUAUUCCAGAGGUUUUUAGUUUGGUAAAAAUCAAAGAAACUCAUCAUUUUUAACUUAAGUGGUCUCUUAUUUUUCUUCCAGAGCUGUAUAAAUAGUAAAAUAUGUGUCAUUGAUGUGAUUGACGCUGAUGUGUCAAUUAGUUAUCUGGUAUUUACCAUCUAAAUCUACUACAGCGAUCACAAGGCCCUAUUUGAUUUGAAAACAUCCCAUUUGAAAUUUUGAUUUGAACAAUGUAAGAGAAAAUAUAAUACCCAAUAACUCAAAUAAAACACACUGUUCUUGUCUUUUAUUGUAUAAAACAACGAGGCACAUGUUUAUUGUCUAUUGAAUAAAAGUAAACAGAUUUUUUAUGCAGUAAUCAAUCAGAUGGGUUUAGUCGCCCUCGUAAAACGGAGAGCGAUGGAUCAACAAAAGCUUCACAAGAAAUGCAGAUUUAAAAUAAUAAUAAUAAAAAGACACUUUAAACGUAAGUCCCUGAUUGGUCGGAAUAAGUUACUGGACAUGCUUGGCGAGUAUGUAAUAGGCAGAGGGCGGACAGCGUGGGGACGGGGCAUAGUACAGGUGAUCGGGUGUGAAAGCGAGCUGUGGGUAUAGAGCGAUUACAGUAAAGCCAGCAGUUCUGCUGCCGCGCAGGGAUACGGGUCCGUCCCAAUAUACACACCUACGACUUCAAGUGACUCUUCUUCAGUACAGUACAUACUCCCUAAUGCACAGGGACAGAGGUGGAACAUCUGGUGUAAUGUAAAUCGCAAACUUUGUAGAUAAAAAAAAGAACAAAAAUCUUAAUUUAGCACCUUUGAAAAUACACAAUUCACUAUUGCAAUCAUAUUUAAUAUCUGGUAAACAGUUCUGGUGGUGUGUUUUUACCUUAAAAGAGAUCACGUCACAAUUAGGGUUGCAACUGUAUGAUGCAUCAAUAAAACAUCACGGUAAUUUUGCGGUAUCACAGUAUACAGUAUUUCACAAUUCUUCCUUUUGUUAAUGUUGAUAUUAUUA